CCAAUAUACAGAGGCGAAUUCUUCACAAGUGCAGUCACACAGUGGUGCAAUGGUGCAGUGCAGAGAUCUUUCUCCCAUCUGAUUACUUGUAGUAUUUAUUAUUAAUCAUAAUCAUCAUCAUCAUAUUUACAGUCAAUAAAAUUGAGUGUGUUCGCUUUAACAAAUGAUUGAUUGAGCUUCAUCAGUAAUAAUAGAAGCAGGCUUAUAACAAAUAAUGACAGACGUCGACAGUUUGCGAGCCGCUAUUGAACAGUACGAGAGCCAGCUGUCCCAAGUUCAAUUGGCCUUAUCAGGGAGCACAGCAGGAGCAGACAGAGAUAAUUUACAGAGUCUUCAGUCGGAUAUACAAGAAUUAAUAGCCUUGACAAAAGAGAGUUUACGAAGUGCUGAGGGAAAAGAAACAAGUGACAAUGAGGACGAUGGUUUGUCUGACGACAGCCAGGACAAUGAUGAUGAUGAUGAUCCGAUGGCAAAGGAAUACGCCAUGUUCAAGGCAGAACUGAGGGAUGAUGGAUUUAAUAACACAACUACUCAUGAUAAUGGAAAAUAUCAAGCUCCAAAUAAUGACAAUAAUAUUGAUGAAGAACUCAAGUCACUCGAAGGUAUGAAAUGUAGAGCGCCCUUUGGAAGGAGUUGGGGUGGUACGGGUUAUCACAAUGCUAUGGUGUCCUCUGUCCUCCAAAAUGAUGAGCAGCCUACUAUCAACAGUAUUAAUGAUAUCCAGGUAAAAGUAUUAUUCAUCAACCCAACUCAUAAGGAAAUGCUACCAUGUGCAUAUUAUUUAGAUGGUAAAUGCAAAUUCUCUGAUGAAAAGUGUCAUUACUCACAUGGGGAAAAAGUUGCUUUUUCCAGUUUACAAGAGUACAGAGAACCCGAUUAUUCUUCAAUAAAAAUGGCAAGUCGAGUACUGGCAAAAGAAAAGAACAAUAUAUGGCACAGAUCUGUGAUUUUAAAAACCCCAUCAAAAGAUCACGAUCUCUACCGAGUAAAAUUCGAGGCCAGUGGAAAUAUAAUAGAAGUCACACUUGCUGAUCUUGUACCACUCACUGAUGAUCAACUGGACAUGUCAGACUCGUCUGACGACGAUCUCGAUGAUGACUCGACCAAAGGUUUCAAUCUAUCGAUAGACAAAACAAAGGAAGACAUAAUGAUUGAGCAAUCUUUGUUGACAUUGAACUACAAUGAGCCUUUGGGCAAAUGGGAGGAACAUACACGUGGCAUUGGAAGUAAAUUAAUGCUUCAAAUGGGCUAUAUAUUGGGGACUGGUUUGGGAAAAAGAGCUGAUGGGAGGGUUGAGCCUGUUGAAGCUACUGUAUUACCACCAGGCAAAUCACUCGAUCAUUGUAUGGAGUUAAGAGAGAACGCAGCUGGCGAUAACAACUUAUUUACCGUCGAACGAAGAUUGUUAAAGCAGAAACACAAAAUCGAUCAACAAUUUGCCAAGCAGUCUGACAAUAGGGAGAAGAAGCAAAGGGGAAAGGAUAUUUUUGAUUUUAUCAAUAAUUCACUUUCAGAUAAACAUGGAGAAACGAGUGAAGCCAGCAGCAGCUCGAAAUGCAAAAAUUCAUUUAGAGCAGCGACAAAUCGAGGAUUGAACGUUGCUAAUUUCCAAGUCGGUGAGAACAUCACCAAACUCGAGAGAGAGUCAUUACUCCUCAUGAAUUCACUGAGAAAACAUGCCAAGGGAAGUAUCCCUUAUAAUAAUAUUGUUAUACAGUACAAUGAUAAACAAGCGGAACUCACCAAUUUGCGAUCCCAGCAGAAGAAUAUUGUCAGUGAGCAGAAUCAUAGAAAGGACAAGACAAAGUUAUCUGUAUUUUGAUGUUAUGUGUAGAAUGCAAAUUUACUCGUGUGAAUAAUUAUAUAUUUAUUACCAUUAUUAUUAUUAUUAUUAUUUCGACUCUGUGUGAGAUUUAAUAAAUUCAAGG